CCCUUGGCUGGGAGCUGGGAUAACAAAGGCAGACUGAGAAUAGCAGUCAUUCCAGCAGCAUCCUCAGCCUGUACCAGCAGCAGCAGCAGCAGCAGCAGCACCACGAUCUCCAGAGGAAGCGAGGAAAUGGAGCUUGAUUUUGGCCACUUUGAUGAGAGGGAUAAGACUUCCAGGAAUAUGCGAGGAUCUCGAAUGAAUGGCUUGCCUAGCCCUACCCACAGUGCCCACUGCAGCUUCUACCGGACCCGGACCCUGCAGGCGCUGAGCAACGAGAAGAAGGCCAAGAAGGUCAGAUUCUACCGCAAUGGAGAUCGCUACUUCAAGGGGAUUGUCUAUGCGGUUUCCUCCGACAGGUUCCGAAGUUUUGAUGCUCUGUUGGCUGACUUAACCAGGUCGCUUUCUGAUAACAUUAAUCUGCCCCAGGGGGUGCGCUAUAUCUACACCAUUGAUGGAAUGAACAAGAUAUCCAGCAUGGAUGAGUUGGAAGAAGGCGAAAGUUAUGUUUGCUCUUCUGACAACUUUUUCAAGAAAUUGGAAUACACCAAGAACGUGAACCCCAACUGGUCAGUCAAUGUGAAGACAUCAGCCAGUAAAAAGUCCCCACAGUCUCUGGGGACCUGCAACAAUGCUCAGUCCAGAGAGGGCAAGGACUUUGUGCGCCCCAAGCUGGUGACAAUCAUUCGAAGUGGAGUGAAGCCACGCAAGGCCGUGCGUGUUCUUCUGAACAAAAAAACAGCCCAUUCAUUUGAACAGGUCCUUACUGAUAUCACUGAAGCCAUUAAAUUGGAAACUGGCGUGGUCAAAAAGCUAUAUACCCUGGAUGGAAAACAGGUAACCUGUCUGCACGAUUUCUUUGGGGAGGAUGAUGUGUUCAUCGCCUGUGGCCCUGAGAAGUUCAGAUAUGCACAAGAUGACUUCUCCCUGGAUGUAAAUGAGUGCCGUGUAAUGAAAGGGACUCCAGCUCAAACACCCAAGUCUGCUUCUUCUGCCAAUCUGAAAAGUACAGCAAAGAGCCCAGCACCAUCACGUCGGAGCAAGUCCCCUGCCGAUUCAGCCAAUGGAACAUCAAGCAGUCAGCUGUCAACACCCAAAUCCAAGCAGUCGCCAAUCUCUACCCCAACCAGCCCAGGAAGCCUUCGUAAGCACAAGGUAGAUCUGUACCUUCCCCUGUCUCUGGAUGACUCUGAUUCCCUGGGAGAUUCCAUGUAAAGUCACUGAAUGUUGCCCCCAAUUGACAGGAGUUUGCAGCAGAAAGAAGACCAGGCCAAACUGGUGCUCUCUUGACUUUGGAUACAAAUACAGCUCAGUUUUGUUUUCUUAUUUUUCUGAUUUACUGUAUGUGUGCCAUAAUUCUUUGUGACCUGAAAGAAUUCAUGUUAACUGAAAGCAAAAGACGUGUAUUUAGUUACUCUCUGGCCAUGAUUAACUACAGCAUCCUCCAUCCUGUUUAUGGAAAUUGAAGGUAGCUGUAGUGGAGCAAUUGUCAGAAAGCCACAGGUUGGUUUUGAAUGGUUUGUAAAGAUGAAGCAGGCUUCAACAUGUGUGUCUGUGCCAAGUUCCCUUAUUGUGAAAGAUUCCUGGUUUUCAAUAUGGCAAAGCAGCGGGCUGGUAAUAGUGCCAUUCUUACCAAAUCACUGGCACUAUCAGCAACCCCGUUAGCUGCGUUCCCUUUAAAUGUAGCAAAGUAAGGCAAUUCAAGGAGCUCUAGGCACAUGUACAAACUGUACUGCUGAUCCUAUUUGUAUUAUAAUGGUAAUGAAUCCCUCAGCCCCCUCUUAAUCACAAUGUUCCAUUGAUAUUACAACAAAGAAGAAAUCAUAAUGGGGUGUUUGCUUUGUAUUCAAACACAAUAAAAUUCUCAAAGAGUCUUGGGGCCCUAAUGCAUUGUCAAACUGUUAAUCCCCACAUAGGACUCAUGCAAUGUAUAUCCUUGAAGAAAACCCACAGUUUGCCUUUUUUAGUGUUGUAGAAAUAGCGGGUGACAUUACACAAAUAUCUGCCCAGCAUAAAGUUGGGAUGAAAUGUGUUGUUGAUACUACUACUACUGUUGAUACUGUGGUAUCAGGCUCUCAAGCCUCACCCUUUUACUAUUGUGCUACUAAAAAAGGCAAAUAAGGCAAUCUAGCUUUUUUCAGGACUGGGGAGAAAGAUAUUUCAAGCUAUAGAGGAAGCCGACCCCACGGUCCAGGUCCCCCUUUUCCCCAGCCCCCCCAUGACGGCAGGGUCUGCUUGCUCUAUAGUUAUGCAACUGUUUGUCUGAUUUUAGAUUAGGCUUGCUGCUUUAUUAAAUGAUUAAUACAUUAAAAUGACAUAAUUAGUGCAUUCAUGGUAGCAAAGAAGACAUCAGCUUGGCCACAUUUGCCAAGUCCUUUGGAAACAAUGCAUAGCCAUAUGGGCACUUUGUUAUUUUAGCACAACUCUGACUUCCCCUCUGCAAUCUUAACACAUCCAUCAUGUUUUAGUAUUGUGCUCCUGUCUAGCACCAGCCAGCACUGCCAAUGGGAACAUGACUUCUUAUUUUAGCAGCAGAUGGCAGAAACGUUCAUAAAAAUAGACGCAAAUCUGAAGGGUACGAAUCGCUUUUUGUAACUGAAGACAUUUACACGCUUGGAAGAGAUAGGUCGGAAAGGUUACGGAGCUUAUCAGUAAACCUGUCAUGGCUCUAAUCUCUUAAUACGGUUCUCAAUCAAUUUAGGGAUAUUAUAUGAACACGGGGAAUUAUUUUUAAAGAUUUGGGGAUAAUACCAGAGAACAGGUGGAAUGCAAUCAAAUACCACAAUGUGGCAGUAUUUCAUGAUAAUCCACAACAGCUAAACUAGAUUUAUACAUGGAGCUGAAAUCUGCACAGGAUAAGUGUAACAGAUAUGCCAUGAAGAUUAAAAUGCCAGCCUUGUUAAACACCUCUGUGGUAUUAACCCAGUAGUUUAUCUCUGAAGCAAUAUUUUUACCACCUAACAUGCUUUAACCUUUAUCAUAAUAUGCUGGAGAAUUCAAUUCCAGGAACUGUAGGGAAUAAUGCUAGGAAUGGUAUAUGUUUAAGCUAUGACUUAUUUUCAAUCUCAGUUUAUUAAAUUGAGGCUUACACAUAUGCCGCUGUGUUUUGGUGGUACAGAACUUCAGAACUACCUUUAGAUUGGUGGUUAAAAUCAUUCAGCUAAACCAUAGAGUCUGUCUCCCUGGUGCUUGUAUUAACACUAACAAUAGUAGGUCAAUAUCUACUGUGUGCUAUGGGUUGGGGGUUAUUCCAUAGAGGUAGAGAGGUAGAGGUUUAAAUAUAUAUUAUUACUAUUACAUAUUGAACUCCAUAUACCAUUAUAAUACCAUCUGGCAUAUAAUGUAGGAAGGAGAUGGUGCCAUGUUCUUGGCCCCUAAUCAUGGGCAUUUUAUGCCACCUUGCCUGGCAAUAACUUUCUGUAUGGGAAACAAAUUAUUAUUCAGAACUGAUCAUUCUGGAGCCUUAGCCAACAUGGUCAACACAUCUGUUGGUAUUCUGCUGAACUUGAUGGCCUGGGUGCUUACAAACUUACUGAUCUGAGGGCCAAACAUGCAGAUUUCUUUUCACACAUUUGCUACAACUUGCCUGGCUGCAUUUGCCUGUUAACACUUAGGGAUUGCACCUCAUAGGGCAUACUUACAGUAGGCAAAGUAGGUUCCAAAACUGAAUCCUUAAAAAAAGGCCAUUUGCAAUGUUCUUGCUUUGCACUCAUCUUUGUUAUCACAUGUACUAAUCUGCCAGUUGCACCUUCAUGAAGUGCAAAUAGCAACAUUUGGCACAAGGGAACCCUGUUUCUAACACUUGCUUUGUCCAGGUGAUAAAUCCAGGACUUUCUCAUCAUUUUACCCUAUAGUAACUUAGAAUUACAUGCAGUUGAAGAACCAGCCCUUUGCCCUUUGCUCUCAAAUACCAUGUGAACCUUUUGUAUCAAAAAAAAGUGCAGAACUCUGGAAAGUAUUUCUGCUAACAUUUCCACUCUGAACAUCUCUAGAAAAUUGACCCUCAAAUGUUCCGUAACUGCUGAGAUAAAAGGCAUAUGAUAAUACCCAUUGUAUGGCCAAAACUUAUAUUUCUCAGCAUAUAAACUAUACAGUCUUCUAGAACCAAACUGCAAAAAUAGCAGUGAAUUUUUUAAACUUCUACUUAACCUCUGCUCCUUAUUUGUAUUAGUUUUACUUAUGGGCUUAUAACAUACAAGAGCCACGACUAGUCUGUUAAAUAUUAUAUCCCUAUCAUAUUGCUUAUUGAUGGCAUUAGUUAUAACUGGUGGUUAGAGAUGGCAUUUGUAUCACACACCUCAUUGAAACCUGUAUAUUAUAAAUAUAAUACUCCCUACUUUAAAUUAUAAGGAUGUUAAAAGUUACCUUAGAUUUCCAUGACCUGUAUAUAAGGACUUGGCUUGUGGUCUUUAUUUGUUCAAGAAACUCCAUGGGGAUUUCUAAGGUCUUUGUAUGAAUAGGAGGUACAUUAUUUACUAUAUAAAACUCCCCCAAUGUUACCUGUCAAGUACAGGUAUAGGAUCCCUAAUCUGGAAACCCGA